UGCGGCCCACUUCCUGUCACAUGUUCCUCUGAGGGGGCGGCUUUAAGGAGGUUUUUAUCAGUGUGACCCAGCUGGGUUUGAUGGUGCAGUCUUAACACUUCUUCAGACUGAUACUGACACACAGACACGCUGGUGACGCUGUGUGUGUGUGCUGGCAUGUGGUGUUUUGCGCUCGUGUUGAAGGUGGUGCUGUCAUUGCUGGGCAGUGAGAUGACCGUGGCUCAGCUCUCGUGUCCUGAGGUGUGCUCCUGUGUGGCCGGUGUGGUGGACUGCAGUAAACGCGGCCUCACCACGGCCAGCCUGCCCUCCUCCUUCCCUUCAUCCACCACCGAACUCCACCUGAACGACAACCACCUGACAGCUCUGCCCAACGGCCUGCUGGACUCACUGCCCGCCCUGCGCCUGGCCGCCCUCCACGGGAACCCGUGGUCAUGUGACUGCGGCAUCCUUUAUCUGAGAGGCUGGCUGCUCAAACAGAGAGACAACAAUUCCAUACGGAACGUCAGCUGCAGUUCUCCUGCUCACCUGCGGGGGCGCGUGCUCGCCUAUCUGUCCGAGCACGAGCUGCUGGAGUCCUGUCGUUACUGGCUGUGUAACCUGGCUCUGGCCUCUCAGAUCAGCCUCUUCAUCUUCAUCAUGGUGCAGGUGCUGCUGCUGGCCUCUGUCAUCCUCUUCCUCCGGAGGUUUGAGCUGCUCACGCAGGAAGCGCGACGCACGGCCGCGGAGAGCUUCACGGCGGAGGACGACGCGACACGCAGCGAUGAAUACGCGAUAUCAAAAGACAGGAGAUUGUAGGACGAGACUGUCUUAAACCAGACCAAAAGGAAC